AUGUCCACAAGGCAGGAGAAUGACUUGCAGAGUUCAAGGUUCGUCAAAGAGGGCAACGCAGAUAUUGAGCUGCAGAGGCAGCGUGAGCGUCAAGAGAGCGCUAAAUUGGACACUGAUUUUAGGACCAAAGAGCGCUUAACUCUACAGGACCAGCUGAGGCUCAACGCUAUUACAAAGCAAGAAGAGUUCAGCUCGCUAGUGAAAGACCGCAAUAGCUUUAAUCGACUUAGCAAACAGGACGUAGAGUUUUACGAGAGUCUGCAGAGGAGGGCGCAACUUGAAAAUCAGAGCCUUGAAGAAUUUCUGGAGAAGAACACCCGAGAAUAUGACAAGAAAAAGGCGCAAGUGCUUGCUCACGAGAGCGGACGCCCAGAAAGCGUACCGACCAGAGUGCAAGUUCCUGCGAAGAUUACCAAAAAGCGCAGCAUGCCGUCCAAAAACGGCAUCAAGGGCGUGAUAAAGAAAAAAAAAUCCAAGAGCAACCAUGAAGUACCCGAGAACCGCGACCAUUCCAAGGUAGAAACCUCGAAGGGCUCCAAUUAA